AUGGAUAACGGGUCUAUAUACUACGACGGAGAGACGGUGACCGUUGAUGAUGACUAUCACGUGGGAUGCACGACUCCUACACGUGAGGAAUGCCGGAUACCAGCUGAUCCACCGUGUCCGCCGCCGGUGAGAAGGAAGAGAUCGCUACACUUUGGAAAGAAGAGGGAACCGCCCAAGAACGGGUAUUUUCAGCCGCCGGAUCUAGACCUGUUCUUCUCCGUGAUGGCAGCCUCCAAACGGCAAGAAAGCUGCGCUUAA